AUGGCCCAACAAACUGCCCCAAAGCCCAACAAACGCCCAAAUUUCCUAGAAACGCCCCAAAUUCCCCCCAACUGUCCAAUGCCCAGCAAACUUCCCAAUUUCCAGCAAACUGCCCAAUUCCCAACAAACUGCCCAUUUAUAGCAAACUGCCUAAUGCCCAACAAACUGCCCAAUGCCCAGCAAACUGCCCAAUGCCCACAAAUGCCCCAAUUCCCAGCAAAUGCCCCAAAGCCCCGCAACUGUCCAAACCCAACAAACUGCCCAAUUCCUAGCAAACUGCCCAUUUAUAGCAAACUGCCCAAUGCCCAGCAAACUGUCCAAUGCCCAACAAACUGCCCAAUUCCUAGCAAACUGCCAUUUAUAGCAAACUGCCCCAAUGCCCAGCAAAAAGCUUUAAUGCCCCAAAAACUGGCCCCAAUUUCCCACAAAGUCCCCAAUCCCACAAACCCCCGACCAAUUUCUAGCAAACUGUCCAAUGCCCAGCAAACUGACCAAUGCCUAGCAAACUGCCCAAUCCCCAGCAAACUGCUCAAUGCCCAGCAAACUGCCCCAAUUCCUAGCAAACUGCCCAAUUCCCAGCAAACUUACCAAUUCCCACAAACUGUCCAUGCCAGCAAACUGCCCAAUUCUCGCAAACUGCCCCAAUGCUCAGCAAACUGUCCAUUUAAGCAAACUGUCCAAUGCCCAGCAAACUGCCCAAUUUCUAGCAAACUGCCCAAUGCUCAGCAAACUGCCCAUUUAUAG